UAGCACUAUGUUAAGGUGGAUACGGUUGUCCUUAAUUCUCGCGGUUUUUACUCGCUUGCAACUGUCCCUUGGAAGACGUGAUUUCUCCAUUCUAUUCGAUGAAUGCAAAAUACUGGAAACCACGAAAUUUUGCGAGGUGAACUGCUCGAUCUCCAAAAGUCACAGAAUAUCUCUUUAUUGGAACAUCUUAGAAAGGGCAUCCAAAUUUGGCUUCACGUUUAAAAUGUUUGGAAAACCUCCAUCGGGAAAAGAAUAUGUUCAGAUUUUUGAACAUACAGUCGAAGAUAUUUGCCCGCUAUUGUCCAAGUCGAAAUCCGGGAAUAUGUUUCUGCUUGUACUGGACGAAAUAAAAAAGCACGCGAAACUUCCCAAAUGUCCUGUUGAGAAGGUGAGUGGAUUCUCCCACCAUCGUUGGAGGUCAUUGGGUAUAAUUAGACAUCUUUGUAAAUAAUUUCACAGGAUGUCUACUAUUUGGAAGACUACUCCUUCGCAGUUGAGAGAUUACCACCGUAUGUUCCAGAAGGUCAAUUUCUACUAAUUUUUGAUGCAUUUGGCUAUACAAUGAACGGCACCUAUGAGAAAUGUGCUACUUAUUCAGUGAAGUGUAGUCUACAGUCCAGAUUGAACCCAUUUAGAAACAAAGGAAAA